AUAGAAUAACAUGUCAGAUUAGAAUGUGGUGUUAUAAUUUAAACAUAAACAUAUCUGCAUGUUCCAUAGCCCAGCGAGAAGAGAGGCCAGGGUUGAAAAGCUCUAAAAACACUGCUUGAAUAAAUAUGAAUAUAUAAGGUUGAUGGUGGUUGAAAUAAAACAUUUUAAUCGAUUUCUUGUUUGCACUCAAACCUACAACAUAACAUAUACAAAGAAAAGCUUGAUGUGGUAUGUAAGGAAAAGAUAAACAAAUACACAGAAAUUUUUAUGACUCAGUUUCUUAAUUUCAAAAUUCUCCAAAACUAACAAUUUUUUUUAUUCACUCAUAUUAAACCGAUUAGGGUCAAAUUUAGUGUGAACAAUAAUACACAAGUGCAUGCAUACAUGCACACACACACACGUGCACACACACAUUGGAAUGCUUUUGAUUCUAUGUGACAUCACAAUCUUGCUUUGAUCUUUGAUCCCAAAAAACCCUUAAAUAGGAGCUUUAAACUGUUAAACUUUACUGCUCAACUGACGUUGACCUGACGGCAACCAAAACCCUUUUGAAAAGUUUUGCGAGAGUUUUACGACAGAAACCAAAUUUUCUCACCAAUUCACUGAGCAAACAAACACAUUUCAGUCAGUCAAGAUGACUUUCACCUCAAAUCAUCUUGAAAUAUGUAAAGGGACCCUUUUGGGAGAUCACUACAAGGUCGAGGGUUUCCUUGAAGAAGGGGGCUUUGGUAUUGUAACCAAAUGUCGCAAUACAAAAACCAACAAAGUCGUUGCUAUUAAAGUCAACAAGAGCGACCCUGAAAUUCUGCAACAGGCAAAAAUGGAAAUUUACAUACUGGAGAAGCUGCGAAGCUUGGAUGCAGAUAGAUGCAACAUUGUUAAAUGGAACGACUUUUUCAUCGACGGUGACCGCAUCUGCUUAAAUUUUGAACUCCUCGAUGAAAGCCUGUGGCGGUACAUGCGGUACCGGGGGAACCGGGUUCUCCCAGUAAGAGAAAUCAGGCCAGUGUUAUUUCAGCUUGCAAAUGCCCUGUCCCACCUGGGUUCUUUGGGAAUAGUGCAUGCUGACCUCAAACCUGGAAACAUAAUGGUUGUGGACCGCUAUGAGUGUCCCAUCAAAGUCAAACUUAUACACUUUGGCUUUGCAUGUCCCGCAUCUACAGUGAUUCCGGGUGACUGUGUGGGGACGGUUGGUUAUAGAGCACCUGAGGUUAUGAUUGGUAGUCUAUUUAAUGAAGCAAUAGACAUGUGGUCCCUGGGGCUGGUAGCUGUGGAGCUUGCUACAGGGUUUCCUUUCUAUCCUGGGAGAAAUGAUUAUGAUGUUUUGAAAUUCAUCAUACAGACCCAGGGACAGCCACCAUAUCAUGUUUUAGACUCUGGCUUAUACACUGAUAACUAUUUCAUAAACAACAACUACAACGGACAACGCUGGACAUUUAAGACCGAAAGACAAUUUCAAGAUGAGACAGGUUAUCAGUCCAAGGACACUCGAUGCAUAAGACUUAAGUGCCUCGAUGACCUUGAACAACUACUGAAGAUAAGGGGGUGCUGGGAAAAAAUCCAAAAUGUAUUUGUCAGCCUAAUCAAACGGAUGUUAGCAUUGGAUCCAAACCAGCGCAUAACACCCUCGGAGGUUCUCCACCACCCCUUUUUCAAUCCUGGCCUCUCUAAGAGUUCUCCCUGCACUGACAUGAGUAGCACAGGGGGACAAAACCUUGUGGUCUCUCAGCAGCCUUCAAGUUGCAAAAGAGAAAGAACGCAGAAAAUCAGCUGCAGUUCCCAAAACUCAGAAGAAUUUUCUCAACAAGAAUACGUCAACGCAUCAGCCAACACAUCCUCCUCUAAAGAUGAUCUUGAAAUAUCUAAAGGGACCCUUUUGGGAGAUCACUACGAGGUUGAGGGUUUCCUUGGAGAAGGGCGCUUUGGUAUUGUAACCAAAUGUCGCAAUACAAAAACCAACGAAUUUGUUGCUAUUAAAGUCAACAAAAAAGAACCUAAAAUUCUACAACAGGCAAAAAUGGAAAUUUUCAUCCUGGAGCAGCUACGAGGCUUGGAUGCAGAUAGAUGCAACAUUGUUCAAUGGAACGACUUUUUCGUUGAAGGUCACAGCAUUUGCUUAAAUUUUGAACUCCUCGAUCAAAGCCUGUGGCAGUACAUGCGGGACCGGGGGAACCGAGUUCUCCCAAUAGGCGCAAUCAGGGCAGUGUUAUUUCAGCUUGCAAAUGCCCUGUCCCACCUGGGUUCUUUGGGAAUGGUGCAUGCUGACCUCAAACCUAGAAACAUAAUGGUUGUGGACCGCUAUGAGUGUCCCAUCAAAGUCAAACUUAUAGACUUUGGCUUUGCAUGUCCCGCAUCUACAGUGAUUCCUGGUGACUGUGUGGGGACGGUUGGUUAUAGAGCACCUGAGGUUGUGAUUGGUAGUCUAUUUAAUGAAGCAAUAGACAUGUGGUCCCUGGGGCAGGUAGCUGUGGAGCUUGCUACAGGGGUGCCUUUCUACCCUGGGAGAAAUGAUUAUGAUGUUUUGAAAUUCAUCAUACAGACCCAGGGACAGCCACCAGAUCAUGUUUUAGACUCUGGCUUAUACACUGAUAACUAUUUCAUAAAAGACAACUACAACGGACAGCGCUGGACAUUUAAGACCGAAAGACAAUUUCAAGAUGAGACAGGUUAUCAGUCCAAGGACACUCGAUGCAUAAGACUUAAGUGCCUCGAUGACCUUGAACAACUACUGAGGGGUUGCCGAAGAACUGAAAAUAGCCAACAUUUAUUUUUCAGCCUAAUCAAACAGAUGUUAGCAUUGGAUCCAAAGCAGCGCAUAACACCCUCGGAGGUUCUCCACCAUACCUUUUUCAGUCCUGCCUUCUCUAAGAGUUCUCCCUGCACUGACAUGAGUAGCACAGGGGGACAAAACCUUGUGGUCUCUCAGCAGCCUUCAAGUUGCAAAAGAGAAGAAUCACAGAAAAUCAGCUGCAGUUCCCAAAACUCAGAAGAAUUUUCUCAACAAGAAUACGUCAACGCAUCAGCCAACACAUCCUCCUCUAAAGAUGAUCUUGAAAUAUCUAAAGGGACCCUUUUGGGAGAUCACUACGAGGUUGAGGGUUUCCUUGGAGAAGGGGGCUUUGGUAUUGUAACCAAAUGUCGCAAUACAAAAACCAACGAAUUUGUUGCUAUUAAAGUCAACAAGAGAAACCCUGAAAUUCUGCAACAGGCAAAAAAGGAAAUUCUCAUCCUGGAGCACCUACGAGGCUUGGAUGCAGAUAGAUGCAACAUUGUUCAAUGGAACGGAUUUUUCCUUGACCACCAGCGGAUCUGCUUAAAUUUUGAACUCCUUGACCAAUGCCUGUGGGACUACAUAGAGGACCGGAAAAACCAGGGUCUCCCCAUAAGCGAAGUCAGGCCAAUUUUACAUCAACUCACAAAUGCUCUGUCCCACCUGGGUUCUUUGGGAAUAGUGCAUGCUGACCUCAAACCUGGAAACAUAAUGGUUGUGAACCGCCAUAAGUGUCCCAUCAAAGUCAAACUUAUAGACUUUGGCUUUGCAUGUCCCGUGUCUAAAGUGAAUCCUGGUGGCUGUGAGGGGACGGUUGGUUAUAGAGCACCUGAGGUUGUGAUUGGUAGUCGAUAUAAUGAAGCAAUAGACAUGUGGUCCCUGGGGCUGGUAGCUGUGGAGCUUGCUACAGGGGUGCCUUUCUACCCUGGGAAAAAUGAUUAUGAUGUUUUGAAAUUCAUCAUACAGACCCAGGGACAGCCACCAGAUCACGUUUUAGAUUCUGGCUUAUACACUGAUAACUAUUUCAUAAAAGACAACUACAACGGACAGCGCUGGACAUUUAAGACCGAAAGACAAUUUCAAGAUGAAACAGAUUAUCAGUCCAAGGACACUCGAUACAUAAGACUUAAGUGCCUCGAUGACCUUAAACAACUACUGAAGAUAAGGGGGUGCUGGGAAAAAAUCCAAAAUGUAUUUGUCAGCCUAAUCAAACGGAUGUUAGCAUUGGAUCCAAACCAGCGCAUAACACCCUCGGAGGUUCUCCACCACCCCUUUUUCAAUCCUGGCCUCUCUAAGAGUUCUCCCUGCACUGACAUGAGUAGCACAGGGGGACAAAACCUUGUGGUCUCUCAGCAGCCUUCAAGUUGCAAAAGAGAAAGAACGCAGAAAAUCAGCUGCAGUUCCCAAAACUCAGAAGAAUUUUCUCAACAAGAAUACGUCAACGCAUCAGCCAACACAUCCUCCUCUAAAGAUGAUCUUGAAAUAUCUAAAGGGACCCUUUUGGGAGAUCACUACGAGGUUGAGGGUUUCCUUGGAGAAGGGCGCUUUGGUAUUGUAACCAAAUGUCGCAAUACAAAAACCAACGAAUUUGUUGCUAUUAAAGUCAUCAAAAAAGAACCUAAAAUUCUGCAACAGGCAGAAAAGGAAAUUCUCAUCCUGAUGCUGCUACGAGGCUUGGAUGCAGAUAGAUGGAACAUUGUUCAAUGGAACGACUUUUUCGUUGAAGGUCACAGCAUUUGCUUAAAUUUUGAACUCCUCGAUCAAAGCCUGUGGCAGUACAUGCGGGACCGGGGGAACCGGGUUCUCCCAAUAGGCGCAAUCAGGGCAGUGUUAUUUCAGCUUGCAAAUGCCCUGUCCCACCUGGGUUCUUUGGGAAUGGUGCAUGCUGACCUCAAACCUAGAAACAUAAUGGUUGUGGACCGCUAUGAGUGUCCCAUCAAAGUCAAACUUAUAGACUUUGGCUUUGCAUGUCCCGCAUCUACAGUGAUUCCUGGUGACUGUGUGGGGACGGUUGGUUAUAGAGCACCUGAGGUUAUGAUUGGUAGUCUAUUUAAUGAAGCAAUAGACAUGUGGUCCCUGGGGCUGGUAGCUGUGGAGCUUGCUACAGGGUUUCCUUUCUACCCUGGGAGAAAUGAUUAUGAUGUUUUGAAAUUCAUCAUACAGACCCAGGGACAGCCACCAGAUCAUGUUUUAGACUCUGGCUUAUACACUGAUAACUAUUUCAUAAACGACAACUACAACGGACAGCGCUGGACAUUUAAGACCGAAAGACAAUUUCAAGAUGAGACAGGUUAUCAGUCCAAGGACACUCGAUGCAUAAGACUUAAGUGCCUCGAUGACCUUGAACAACUACUGAGGGGUUGCCGAAGAACUGAAAAUAGCCAACAUUUAUUUUUCAGCCUAAUCAAACAGAUGUUAGCAUUGGAUCCAAACCAGCGCAUAACACCCUCGGAGGUUCUCCACCACCCCUUUUUCAAUCCUGGCCUCUCUAAGAGUUCUCCCUGACAUGAGUAGCACAGGGGGACAAAACCUUGUGGUCUCUCAGCAGCCUUCAAAACAGAAAGAUCAUAGAGAAUCAAUCUCCAGCAUUGCUUCAACCACGGACAAAAAUGACAAAAACACAAACAGGGAUUGGAAAAAGCCAUUAACAGCAAAUUACAUUGCAAGAAUCAAUUAAGCUACUCCAAUAAUGAUCAC